GCCAAUAUAUAAGUAUUGUCUCAUUCCUUUUUAUUUUUGUGGCUAAAAGACGUAUUCUAGAUAGGCUUAAAGUUAGGAUCUUUGGUAUUAGGAAUUGGUCGCUUGGGUGGGAUUUUUCUAAAUUCACACUUAACCUAUUAAGUUUAGCGAUGGAAAAGCUUUGGUGAAAAUUGAAAUAGUUAUCAAGUGCUAGAGCCUAGAAGGGUGUACCAUAUUGUAUCCAUAGGGUACACCGUACACAUAGGUUAUAGGUACGCAUAUGUGUACGGCAUGGGUGGAAACAUGUAAAAGGUGGGUCUCAAGAUCCAUUCUGUCUCAAGAGAAAGAAAAAAUAUAUAUUAAAGAGUUGUUUAGUUUUGGUGAUAGUUAAAUUGAUGUAUUGUUAUUUAUGUAUUAUAUAUAUGUAUUAUGCAUUUUCGAUGGAACAUUUGUUGGUGCAUUUAAUGAUAAUGUUCAUUUACUUAAAAAAAUAUUGUUUAAUUUAAGUGAUAGUUAUUUUAGUAUUUAAAGAAUUUAUAUAAUUUUUGAAUGAAAUGUCACUUUUAUCAUUUUUAAUAUAAAAGAGCAACACAUAUAAAAUGUUAGGACUUAGGAUAUAGUUGGAAAAAAAACAAAAAUAACAGUCUCAACAAUCUCCCUAAAACUUAAGAUUUAAUUAUCACUCAUUUUGAGUGAUAAUUUCUGUCACAUCAAGCAUGCAAUUCUUUUAUUGUUUGUGCAUAAAAUUUUUAAAUAAAUGCACUAAGAACAAUACAAACAUUGUAACAAUCUCAACCAAAUUAUCAUCAAAAUCAAACGACCACUAAAUGAUUGUUUGGUUUAUGUGUGUGUUAAAUUUAUGUAUUCUAAUGAAUACAAAUUUAUUAGCUUUAUCAAUAAAAUAUGUAUAAUAUUCGAUACAAUGUAAUAUAUAAUACCUCUAAAUGAUUGCGUCGGAGCUGUUGCAUCUUCGUGAAAUAUCUGUUGAGAUGAUCAUCUAGGUCAGCCGUCCCAUCACAUGUCGGCAGAAGAGGUAUAUUGGUCCCCAUCGACUCAAUCAAUACGUUCCUCGCCAGAGGUUGCUUCACAGUGAAGUGUCAGGCUAGACUCCAACAAUAAUGUAUUCGAAAUUUUUAACUUUGACUUUAUGAUAAUACACAUCCAUUUUUUAAUUAUGAAACUCUAACUAAAUAUUUGGAAUAACUUUAACAUCAAUAAUAUAUUCAGGAAACAAUCUAUUGUCCGCAAUGCUUUGUGUGAAAUUUUGAGCCAUCCUCGUAAUGAGAUUGCCGAGUUAUUAAGAAAAAAUGAAUGCAUUUGUACGUGAAAUCAGGACCAUUACUUAGCUGUUGCAUCGUGUUGAAUGGAUUACUAGAAAACUAUAUUACGGAGUCCAUGGCAUGACAUGUUUGAAAAUUAAUCAAUUUGGCAUGAGAUUUUUGGAGUUGUGAUUUCAAAUGAUGUAUUGAGAGAGUUCUGGAGCAGGAAGAGAUCCUCUAGUUUCAGCGAGCUAGAGAGCAAUGGGUGAAGUUUGGAGAGCGCAAUACGGUUUACUUGCACUAGCAAGCUAAUAUGUGCAGAAGGAGGAACAGGAUUGAAAGCCUGAAGGAUAGAAACGGAGAGUGGAUCUCUGACCCACGAGAGCUGGCGGCCUUGGUUUUUGAUUUUUUUCUUCUCUUAUGUAUUUGCAGGACUGUCAGGAUUAUGUUGAUGAUAUGCCUACACAGGCUUUCCCGAGACUUGAGCAUGAGGAUCUCCUUCUCCUCCUCCGCCCCUUCACGGGAGAAGAUAUUCAUAGAGUUGUGCAUGACAUGAAGCCUUUCCAAGCUCCCGGACCUGAUGGAUUCCAAAUUAUUUUCUAUCAAAGAGCUUGGCAAGUCGUGGGAAAAGCCUUUAUUGACAUGGCUAUCAAUUUUUUCUCUACAGGGAUGCUGCUAGAUAAAGUGGUGGAGUCGACAGUGGUCCUAAUCCCUAAAGUGGAGCACCUUGAGAUGGUCACUCAUCUGCGACCAAUCUCACUCAACAAUGUGUGCCUCAAACCUAUUACGAAAGCCAUCACCAACUGCUUAAAGCCCAUCAUGCGGAAGCUUGUGUCCCCUCGGCAAAGCAGCUUCAUACCACAAGGCAAACUACUGACAACAACAUUGUUUUGCAGGAAGUUCUGCACUCUCUUAGAAAGAAAAAGGCAAAAAAGGGGGUGUAUGGAUCAACUGCAUCAUGUUCUGCGUGGAGAGCAACAGGAUGCGACUUCUGUGGAAUGGAAAGCUCUCAGCCCCGAUAACUCCUACCAGAGGAGGCCGCCAGGGAGACCCCCUUUCACCCUAUCUUUUUGUGUUGUGCAUUGAAAUGCUCUCUCAUAGGAUUGAUCAGGCUAUUCACAAUAAAAUGUGGAAAACCCUGCGACUGUCUAAAGAGGUGCCUAAGCUAUCUCACCUAUUUUUUUUGCAUAUGACAUAUACUGUUUGCAAAAGCUGACGGUGCACAGGUUCGAAUCAUUAAGCAAUGUUUGGACGAGUUCUGUGGUAGUCUGGCCAAAGAGUUAACUACAACAAGUCAGAUAUCUUUGUCUCGGCCAACAUUGACAGACUGGCAGCGAGAAGAUUGACACACCGGGCUGAAAUUCCACUCACAGUUGAUAUAAGGCGUUACUUGGAGUGAUGGCAAUUCAUGGACGAGUAACCAAGACCAGAUAUCAAGACCUCAUGCUCCGGAUCAAGAGGAAGCUCGCCCCUUGGAAGACGAAGCACCUCUCACUAGCAACGAGGAUCACGGUGGUUAAGUCCAUUUCGGCUUCUAUUGAAAUUUAUCCUAUGUAUACAGAACUUCUCCCUAUGAAUGUUUGCAGGUCUCUUGAUUGGAUGAACAGAAGCUUUAUUAGGGAGAUACAGAUGAUAAAAAGAAACUCCACCUGGUUGCUUGGCCGCAGGUGCUUCAACCCAAGAGUAGUGGCGACUUGGGCAUCAGAUCAACAAGACAAGUUAAUCUAGAGAUGUUGGUGAAGGCUGGCUGGCGCAUCAUUAAGGAUAAGGAGGCGAUGUGGGUUCAGUUUGGUGGAAGCUAAGUACGGGAGGGGCCAAAAUCACGUGGAGCCUCUGAAACCUGUUUAGAGAAGUUCCUUGACCUAGUCGAGUUUCAUAAAGGCGGCAGACCAGAUAAAAAAGGGAUGCGCCUGGAAUAUUCACAAAGGUCAGACUAAGUUUUAGUUGGAUGUGUGGCCUGCGCAGGUACCACUACAGGAGCUGGCAAUGGGCGAUAUUCCGGAUGAGGAUCGACACGCAGUGGUAGCAGAUUUUGUUGAUGAAGAUGGGAACUGGAAUACUAAGAAGUUCCACCACAUACUUCCCCUAGAGAUUCAACAUCAAAUUACAUUGGACGCAGUAGAUCCUUUGGCGUCGGAAGAUGAUACACUGUUCUGGAAGCUAAGUUAGGAUGGAAGUUUUUCAACGAAGAGUGCUUACCAGAUGCAGCAAUCGGCAGCCACCAGCAGAGACCACCAACUUUGGAAGAGGAUUUGGCGCCUCCCGAUACCGGAAUGUGUGAGAGUCUUCAUUUGGCUGCUUGCACAGGGUACGAUCAGCUCAAAUAAACAAAGGGAGAAAUGACAUUUUACGGUGGAUGCGUCCUGUUACAGGUGUCCUACCCAAACGGAAAGUCUAAGCCAUAUUUUUUAGAGUUCCCACCUGCUGCAUACUUCUGGAGCCGCUCAAUUCCUGGAGAUUCUCAAGCUGAGUUCUUUGGCGACAUUUGGGAUGUCUGCUUUAAAAAGAAUGUAACUCGGGAGGAGCUGUCAACCGAUGAAUGCCAUGGAACGCUUUCUUUUGUAUCUCUUUGUGGUGCAUUUGGAAGAAUCGAAAUGAGGGAGUCUUCCAUGGGGUAAAUAAGACAAUGUCGGCGCCUUCCCUCAACCAAGCAAUUAAGAUCAAGGCUGACAUGUGUUUUCGCGCGUGGAGCACACCGAGCCUUGUUUUGGGUAAGUCCAAGCUUCCUCCUAGCCGCAUGGAGCUUUAGAUCGGGUGGAAAGCACCCCCUGAGGGGUGGCAGAAGAUAAAUGUAGAUGGGGCUG